AUGAAUGUUCGAGCAGGUGAACAAGGUGAUUUUCUAGCUGAAGGACAAUUAGCAAUAGAUGAUGUUGGUGAUGGAAUUGUUGCUAAAAAAGAAUUAUCAAAACGUCUUAAUAAUAAAAAUAAUAUGUCAAUAGCUUAUAUUAAUAUUAAAACAAAAUCUAAUAAAGAAUAUUGUAUUGAAUUAUCACAAAAAGGUUAUCAAAUAGUUGGUUAUCAUUUUGAUCAUAAUAAUCAACCAUCAAAUAUUUAUUAUGAAUCAUUACAAGCACUUUUAACUAAUGAAUCACAAUCUUAUGUUGAUAAUUUUGCUCAUAGUUUACAAGAAAAACUUUUUCAAACACAACAUCAAUUAGAACAAUAUCAAGAUAAUGAUGAUGAUGAUGAUGAUGAUGAUCACAAUUCUAAUACUUAUAAAAGAAAUUAA